GAUAUUACCAACACGUCCCAUGGAACUGCCAACUCUCAACUCUGCGUGACGCAUCACCCCUGCACGUCAAACUGCCAGCAGUUGCUGUUGGCCCGUCCGCGAUCCUGCGUCCACCCGGCACCCAAAGUCCGAGAUCCCGGCCUUGAACCCCACCAACUACACUAACACUACGGCCGAGCUAGACCCAAAGUAUUAGAAGGAUUCUUGGCCGUACAUGGACCCGUUGGGCCGUUCACACAAACUAAUUACACCAGUCACCCCGCCCCGUCAACACACCACACCCGCCCAACAGAUACAUAUAUCCACCCAAAGGCCACCACGCUCGGGUCGGGCGUUCACCGCAACCGCAAGACACCACCACCAUGGCCAACCCCCCCGCCCCAAAGACGCGGCGCGCAACAACAAGCCUCGCGGCCCGCUUCGGCGUGCUCUCGACAUACUUCUACGCGCUGCUGAUCAGCCCGCUCCUGCUCGCGCACUUCGCCUUCGACAUCCUGCUGUGCGUGCCGCCGUGGACGCGGCCGGCGCGCGAGUGGACGUUCAACCAGGCCGCGCGCAACCGGCUGGUGCGCCUGCUGCUGCUGUGCUGGUCGCUGACGCGGUCCGGCGACCGGCUGACGCUGCGGCCAGGCCGCGAGGGCGCCCGCUUCGAGGUCCUGCGCGCCCGCCCGCGCGGCGAGUACACGGGCGUGCUGUGCAGCGACGGCGCGGUGCAGCCCGCCGACGUGGGCGCGACCUGGACGCCCGCGCCGCUGCAGCUCGUCGCGCCCGAUGUUGUUGUUGUUGCGCUGCAUUUCCACGGCGGCGCGUGUGCCACCGGCACCGGUCGUGAUGAUGACACGGGGUUCCUGGCCAGGACGCUGCUGCGCUACCUCGGCUGCUCGCACGACGCCCUGACGGCGUACUUGUGUUUGGUGCGUGAUAAGGGCGUCCCGCCGCGCCGGAUCAUCCUGUCGGGGGACUCGGCGGGCGCGAAUCUCGCGCUGGCGCUGCUGCGGUACCUGCGCGAGCACGGCGAGGGGCUGGGCGCGCCGGGGGCCGUCGCGCUGUGGUCGCCGUGGGUCGACGUGGGCGGCGCGCUGCGGCUCGACAUGCGCGCGUCGCCCAACUACGCGACCGACUACCUGCACCGCGAGUUUGGGCGCUGGGGCGCGGCGGCUGUCUCGGGGCACGGGGCUGUGGAUGCUAGCGGCCCGUGGCUCGCGCCGCUGCUGCACCCGUUCGCGCCCGCGGGCGACGUGCCCGUGUUUGUGCACGCCGGCGAGCGCGAGGUGCUGUACCACGACAUGAAGCUCUUUUCGGAGCGCUACCGGGAUGCCGGGUGGAAUGUGCGCCUGCUCGUCUCCAAGGGCUGUCCGCAUGAUGUCAUUCUGCUGGGCCCCCGGAUCGGGUUCGCGCGUGCCGCCGAGGCUGCGGCCCGCGAUGCUAGGACGUUUUUCGCGGCUGCGACGGACUUGAAGCUACGGGUCACUUGAAGUGCAGCUGUGUGUUAAUCUGUAUCUACUCUUCUUUACUUUUUUCUUUUUUUGCAUAAUUAACUCGUGGUCUCGAAGGCUGUUUGUCGAUGGCGAAAGUAAACAAACAUUCCGCGUUGGCGUCACAUGCCAACUGCGUGCGUGCACUGUGCCAAGCUGCGUCUUGCCGAGGCACCCAGCCGUCCAACAUACAGCACGCGACACGGCAUUCGGAUAGCUUCGUUGGUCUGGGUUGCUGGAU